CCCACAUUCAAUCUCGGUUCCAAAUUUCACUCUCGUCCUCUUAAACCGCAUUUAUCGCAUCCCCUCAUUAAACACAACACACACAAACAAUCAUUCAUUCAUCCCCUCACCGAUUCAAAAACCAAUCAGAUCUCAGAUCUCCCAAAGAGCCAACAACAAACAAAAAAAAAAAAAUGGCGGUUUCGGCGCGUGAGGAGUUCGUGUACAUGGCCAAGCUCGCGGAGCAAGCCGAGCGGUACGAGGAGAUGGUCGAGUUCAUGGAGAAAGUCUCCGCCUCCGUGGACGGCGACGAACUCACCGUCGAGGAGCGUAACCUCCUCUCCGUGGCUUACAAAAACGUGAUCGGCGCUCGCCGCGCCUCGUGGCGCAUCAUCUCCUCGAUCGAGCAGAAGGAGGAGAGCCGCGGCAACGAGGACCACGUGAAGGCGAUCCGUGAUUACAGGGGGAAGAUCGAGACGGAGCUCUCGGGGAUCUGCGACGGGAUACUGAAGCUUCUCGAUGAGAGGCUGGUGCCUGCGGCAGGGAGUGGGGAUUCGAAGGUGUUUUAUUUGAAGAUGAAAGGGGAUUAUCAUAGGUAUUUGGCUGAGUUUAAGACUGGUCAGGAGAGGAAAGAUGCUGCUGAACAUACUCUCUCUGCUUAUAAGGCUGCUCAGGAUAUUGCAAAUGCAGAGCUAGCUCCUACUCACCCGAUCCGUCUAGGUCUGGCAUUGAACUUCUCUGUGUUCUACUACGAGAUCCUUAACUCUCCUGAUCGUGCCUGCAGCCUCGCCAAACAGGCUUUUGAUGAAGCGAUUGCAGAGUUGGACACUCUAGGUGAAGAGUCAUACAAAGACAGCACCUUGAUCAUGCAGCUUCUCCGUGACAACCUCACUCUCUGGACAUCCGACAUGCAGGAUGAUGAUGCUGGUGAGGAGAUCAAGGAAGCAUCAGCUCCAAAGCCAACCGAGGAACAGUAGUAGUAAACAAUCUUUUUGAUUGAACUACUAAAAGUUUCUAGGGUUUCGUCCAUAUGUUUCUUCAAGUCUAAGAUGUCCUUUCGUUCGCUUGCCAAUUUAGCUUUUAUCUCCAAAGGCUUUUAUUAUUCAUUCAUCUUUAUUUCUGGCGAGUCGAACCAUCAAUCAUCUUUUUAUUAUCUCUUUGCUUGAUUUUCUUUUCUUUGUUCUUUUUAUUCUGUCUUUUUCUUUUGGUUUGUUGUCCAUUUCAAUGUCUGCUAUCGAACCUGCUUUGUGUUUUCUCAUCAAUUUGAAGAUCAUUAUUCAUUAAAGCUGUCACUCUUAUCUUGUUCCAGUUUUAUAAUGGAGGCUACUUG